AUGCGUCGCAUUCUAGAAGUGGAACUGAUGCUCUUCUACGUUACUACGACCGGCCCGUCAAUUCCCUUCGACAACAAAACCUCAUACGACUUAUUUGUCAAGGCAAUUCCUCGCAUGGCGCUCAAAUCGGACGCCUUACUCUACACUGUCUAUGCAUUUGCUUCCCUCCACCGCACUAAGACCACAGGAGGGGACGACCCAGCUAUCCCUUCGCCGACCACCGUCGCAUUGGCGCGCGAGCAUUAUCAGCUCUAUGUGCAACUCGCAUUCCAGCGCCAUCAUCAGGAACUGUCGCAGUUGUCGCGCCAAAAUGUGGACCUGGUGGUCAUGACGGCAAACUUGAUGCGAUUGAUUGCCUUUUUCAUGCUAUCGGAGCGUACACUGGAGCCCUACGCACCGCCUCUCGACUGGCUUCAAAUUACAAAAAGCCACGCAAGAGUCUUCCGGACGGCUUGGGACCUCAUCGGCGAAGACAGUUCCACUCAAACCGCCAAACUUAUCCGUGCAACUCCAAUAGUUUGGAACCAUGAAGAGCGUGAGGGAACAGACAAGCGCCAGGAUCUACAAUAUAUCCUUCUAUUCCGAAUUGCAGGAGACCCUGAAGAUGACCCAGUUUCUUGGGAUGCUGGGACACGGCGAGCGUACGAAUCGACACUCAGUUACAUUGGCGGCAUAUGGCAAUCCGUGCAGCGGAACGAGCCGCUAGGGCCCAUUGGGCGGAUGCUAGUAUUAUUCCCCAUACUGGUUGACAAGCGCUUCAUUGAGCUUGUUAGUGAAGCCCGUCCUCGCGCACUGGUGGUAAUGGCGCACUAUUUUGCACUCGUCACAAUUCUGCGCUCUUUUUGGUUCGUUGGAAACACAGGCUUUCGUGAAGUUAAAGCUAUUGCAAAGUAUAUCCCUGCGCCUUGGAAAGAUCUGCUAGAUUGGCCCCUGCAUGUUGUUCAGCAAGGUCUGCCAUACUGCCCAACACCUGGGCCGCCUCCGGAGAGUUAA